AUGACCUCAGACUCCCGACCCCGUCAACAAAGCGUCCGCCAUCCCAUAACCAGUGGUGUCCGUUACUAUCGACCUUCCAACGGCAGCAGCAGGUAUUAUAAUUCUGCGUCCCGUCAAUGGUACCCCCUCGAUCCGCCUCAAUUACCCCGGCACUCGUAUUCACCCUAUAAUGAUAGCUAUGCUUCCGGACGAAGAUAUAUUCCAUAUGACAAUACCACUCGUACUUCCUACUACUAUGGGCCAUCUAGGGAUGACAGUAGAGACAGAUACAACAGCACUCGGAGAGAGGUGUACGAUGACGAUGGGUGUGUUGAGCAUGGCGAUCGUCGGUAUGUCGACGAACACGAUGAUCCAUAUCAGGACUAUGAGAAUUAUUCAGACCCCUAUGACCAUCAAGACCCAUAUGCAGUUUAUGAAGAUCAUCGACGUCCUACUUAUUAUGAUAGUCCUGAAGACAAUUAUGCUCAUCAACGAUAUACCCAACGACGCUCUAAUUCUGAUCUGGAUGGAUGUUUAAGACGACCAUUUCCACGCAGCAUAAGAAGGCCCAAUGCUUCUCCGGGGCGUGAAGGCCAGUGUGAAGCACAGUCCAGUCGACCCCGCCCUAGCCGAACAACAAUCAUCACUAAAGCUUCCGGUGAGGGUGACGACGACAUCCCACCACAUGUUCUGGACCAGCUGCCUCGAGGCGAAGGAUACGAAUUCAGUUAUUCCGAGCAGACCAGGAAAGGUACCACAUAUGUCUUUGAAAAGAAUCGAGAUAAGCCAGGUCAGGAACAGGGUUUUGCUGUCGUCGACAAAACUAACUAA